AUGAGAGAUCCUAAAGAGUUAUGGAAGUCUCGGAAAGAUCGUUUUGAUCAUCAGAAAGACAUAACACUUCCACUUGCUCGGGAUGAAUGGCAGAGUCUGAGAUUCCAAGAUUUCAACAAAGUGAUGAAUUACAACUCGGCUGUGUUAGGAAUUGUGGCCAAAUUAAGAUACUGUGGUGAAACGAUCACCGAAUCUCAAAUGAUUGAGAAGACAUACACCACAUUCCACCAGAGCCACAUCACCCUACAACAACAGUACAGGUUGCGGGGAUAUACCAAAUUUUCAGAAUUGAUUGUGGCGUUUCUCAUAGCAGAAAAGAACAACGAGCUUCUGAUCAAGAAUCACAUACUCGUCCAACUGGUUCUAAACCGUUUCCUGAAGCAAACGCAUUAG